UAAUUAGAAAUAUGCCAUAGUCAUCAUGCGUUAUAAAAAGAUGAUCAAAUUCGUAUUUCACAUCAAUUACUAAAAGUUGUCAAACAAUGUCGAAGAUAUUAAUUGCCUUAUUGGUUGCAGUCGCUAUUUGCCAGGUUCAUGGUGUUCCUGCACCUGAAGCACAAAACUGUGGUGGUCGUGGUGGCAAUGGCGGUGGCAAUCGUGGUCCUCCACCAAGAUUUUUUGGCCCAGGCGCUCAAGCACGUUAUCAAGAGGAAGUUAAUCGUCGUGCUGCAGAAGAAGUUGAGCGUCGUAAUGCCGAGGCCCGUGCAGCAGUUGAAAGAGUUAACGCUGCAGCACGAGCGGAAGCAGCACGAAAAGCACAGGAAAAGGCUGCAGCGAAUAAGGCUGCUGCGGAUAAAGCUGCAGCAAAUAAGGCUGCUGCGGACAAAGCAGCUGCGGACAAGGCUGCUGCAGACAAAGCUGCCGCAGAGCAUAAUAGUGGAUCAACUUCAAGUGGUUCAACUUCAGAUGGUUCAACUUCGAGUGGUUCAACUUCAAGUGGUUCAACUUCAAGCGGUUCAACUUCAGAUGGUUCAACUUCAAGCGGUUCAACUACAAGUGGUUCAAUUUCUGGUGGAUCAACUGCAACCGAAACAACUACAAGCGAAUCAACUUCAAGUGGUUCAACUUCAAGUGGUUCAAUUUCAAGCGAUUCAUCCUCAACUGGUUCAAAUGCAACGGAAACAACUACAAGCGGAUCAACUGCAACAGAAACAAAUACAAGUGGAUCAACCACUGAAGAAUCAACUGGUUCAGUAUCAACUACCGGUGCUUAAUAACCUCAAUCACAUUUGAAUAAAAAAGAGUUGAAUUUGUCAUUCCAA